CCAUCUGAUCAUACAGACUUUGUGUUUAGCGGGUAGAUAAUAUUGUUUGUUUUAUAUUGCUGUGGAAAACUUUCCUGUACGCGUUGUGUGUAUCUGUUCAUAUCGGAUUUCGUGCCAUUUUACGUAUUUUCCCCUGGAAAAGUGUUGUUUUGUGAAUGCUAAGCAACCACACAUGGGCCAGAGCAAAAAAAAGAAUACAACCGAUUCCAAUUCUGAUUCCAAGUAGUCGAGGUUCCUCAGCAACACAUUCCUUAAGUCCGUCGAAAUGACGCAGAGCGUUCCAUUGGCACGGGCCAUUGGUGGAUACAUCUUUGGCCUUCUCCAGGCCUGCAUUCGUUUUGUGUUCCGGCUAAUCUAUGGCCACAAGGGUGAGAGUGUUCCCCCAAUCACAGAUCCCAUUCUGCUGGAGUCUGCCACGUCGCUGGCCAGGAAGAUCCGCAACCAGGAGCUGAGCAGCGUCCAGGUGCUGGAAUCCUUCAUUCGGCGCAUUAAGGAGGUGAACCCCAUACUAAACUGUGUGGUGGAUGAGCGCUAUGACCAGGCCUUAAAGGAAGCAGCCGAAGCUGAUGCUCUGAUCAAAUCCGGUCAAUACAGCGUGGAGGAACUGGCCAAGCAGAAACCCUUCCUGGGUGUGCCCAUCACCACUAAGGACUGCAUAUCCGUCAAAGGCAUGCUCCACACUGCUGGGCUUUAUGAGCGUCGGGAUGUGCGUGGUGCGCAGGAUGCGGAUGCAAUGGCCCUGAUGCGCAAGGCUGGAGCAAUCCCCUUCGCCCUCACGAAUGUUUCCGAGGUGUGCAUGUGGUGGGAGAGCAACAACACGGUGCACGGAAGGACGAGGAACGCCUACGAUACGAAUCGCAUUGUGGGCGGCUCCAGUGGCGGCGAGGGCUGCAUCCAGUCUGCGGCUGCUUCCGCCUUUGGCCUGGGCUCCGACAUUGGCGGCUCCAUUCGCAUGCCCGCAUUUUUCAACGGCAUCUUCGGUCACAAGCCCAGCAAGCUGGUGGUGUCCAAUGUGGGUCAGUUCCCAGCGCCCUUCAGUGCGGAGCAGAACUCCUUCCUUGGCCUGGGACCCAUGUCACGUUUCGCCGAGGACUUGCGACCUAUGCUGAGGAUUAUGGCGGGCGAGAAGGCUGCCCUGCUCAAACUGGACGAGGAUGUGGACCUGACCAAAAUGAAGUUCUUCUACCAGGAGUCUGAUGGCGGUGGCCGUCUUAUAUCCGCCGUUGAUCCUGACUUGAGAGAUGCCAUGAACCGAGUGGUGAAGCAUUUAAGCGAGAAGUUUGGCAGUCAAAAAGUGGAGCGCAUCCAGCUGCCGCAGUUCCGGCAAUCGGCUGCCAUCUGGUUUGCCAACAUGCGCGACGACAGUGGCCAUGGAUUCGCAUACCAGCUGGGCAACCUGGAUCAUGAUAUCAACACGUACCUAGAGCUUUUCAAAUGGUUCUUUGGUGCCUCCAAACACACGUUCAUUGGCCUGUCGACGGCAAUCAUGGAUUCAGCCCAGUGCAAGCACGGAUCACCCAAGUACGAUCACCUGGUGCGCAAGCGGAACGAGCUGAGGGACGAGCUGCAGCGCCUGCUGAACGAUAACGGUGUGCUGAUCUACCCGACGCAUCCGACUGUGGCUCCGUAUCACAACGAGCCCAUUACGCGACCCAUUAACUUUGCCUACACGGGUAUUGUAAAUGUGCUGGGCUUCCCGGCCACCGCUGUGCCAUUGGGCAAACUGGGCAGCGAGGGUCUGCCGCUGGGAAUCCAGGUUAUUGCCAACUUCAACCAGGAUCGUCUGUGUUUGGCCGUGGCCGAGGAAUUGGAGCGAGCCUUUGGGGGAUGGGCAAGGCCCGAAGUUCGGCUCUGAGGCCAGCCAGAAUUAUUUGCAUACCUGCGAGUAUGCAGCUUAGCUAGCUGUUAGAUAGUAGUCGGGUCAGGUAAACCUCCUGGACUCCACCCAUCAUUACCCACUCCCGUGCAAGAACCCACCCACCCGAGUAUUCGCCUGGCGUCAGUUGGUAUUCCUUGUAUGUACUCCAGUGCCUCGUUGUAAUAUCAAUUUUCGAUGUGGAUUUAUCUAUAUUUGUAUGUGUUUUUAACCGUAAUAUAAUCAACGAUCCAAGCGGAUCCGUUCCCGUUUUGCAUUUACAAUAAAUAAUUGCAACCUAA